CGCCCGCCCCUCGCCGCGCGCCGGCUGGUGCAGCCUCAGUCAGUCUGCAGCCGCGCGGCCACCGCGAGCCCUGCCGCUGCAGCCGGGGCGCCGACCCUGAGUGCCAGUUCCGCGCCCCCGAGGACAGCAACGGCGAGCCCCCCAAGCCCGUAAGAUGCAGGCCACUGCCGACUCCACCAAGAUGGACUGUGUAUGGAGCAACUGGAAAAGUCAGGCUAUUGACUUACUCUACUGGCGGGACAUCAAGCAGACCGGGAUCGUGUUUGGGAGCUUCCUGCUGCUGCUCUUCUCCCUGACCCAGUUCAGCGUUGUGAGCGUCGUGGCCUACCUGGCCCUUGCUGCGCUCUCGGCCACCAUCAGUUUCCGCAUCUACAAGUCUGUUUUACAAGCUGUGCAGAAAACCGACGAGGGCCACCCUUUCAAGACCUACCUGGAACUCGAGAUCACCCUUUCUCAGGAGCAGAUCCAGAAGUACACAGACUGCCUGCAGUUCUAUGUGAACAACACGCUUAAAGAACUGAGAAGGCUCUUCCUUGUCCAGGACCUGGUGGAUUCCCUGAAAUUUGCAGUCCUGAUGUGGCUCCUGACUUACGUUGGCGCUCUCUUCAACGGGCUGACCCUGCUGCUCAUGGCUGUGGUUUCAAUGUUCACUCUACCUGUAGUAUAUGUUAAGCACCAGGCACAGAUCGACCAAUAUCUGGGACUUGUGAGAACUCACAUAAAUGCUGUUGUGGCAAAGAUUCAGGCUAAAAUCCCAGGCGCUAAAAGGCAUGCUGAGUAAAUCAAUAUCCCACCGGGGACUGGACACAAACCAGAAUGUGUGGAGUGGUAACAGCUCUGUUCUUACAUGUUACUGCAAAUUGAUUGUUUUUCCCCCCAAUACCAUCAUCUUAGAGACAAACUCUCAACAGCUGUUUUCAGGCUGUUCCUGUACUCUUAGGAUAUUUGAGUCACUUGUGUCAAGCACUAAAGUAUAGAGAAAGUGUAUUAGAUGUGGUUUUAAUUUUGUGUUGCUAAAAAAAAAGUGCAUGAUGGUGAGAGCCCAAUUUAUUUUUUCUUCUUCGGUGUUCUCCUCCUCCUCUCUGCAGUGCUUCUGUAGCUUCUAAUGUCCCCUGUGGCUAGGCCUUUCCCGCCGAGUGCACUGAUGCAGUAGUGGAAACCGCUUACAUGUCUUGGGUUGCUGGUUGGAUUCAUCUUUAAUAACAAUAUAUAGAAUUGUAGACUGAUGUUUUAGUGUUUUUCCAACACUCAACAUAAAAAUAAAAACAGUCGGCCGUACUUCUGGUAAUCAGUUUUGUAUAACUUAAAAUAAUUAAAUAAAUGAACAACAGCCCCUCCCCCAAAAAACAUGCAGUACUUUUGUUGUGUGGGACUGACAGGCUGAUUUACAUGUAUGGUAAAAAGUACCAGCAUGUUAACUUUAUUACAAUUUGUAUUACUUUCUCUGUAGUUCCUAAUGGACCUAAUAUGGACUCUGGAUAUUUGCACUUAUGUACUUGAUACUGAAUGCAUAAAUAAAUGUUACUAAAUGUAAAACC